CAUUUUUUGUGGUGCCACUGAAAUCCACCGGCGGCCCUCUUUGAUACGCGCCGCGCUUUCUAAUUAAAAUUCGUAUUUCAAGUUUUAUUAGAUAUAGAAAAUUAGGUCAUUUCUUUUCAAAUUUAUUUAUUCCUCAUAGCCAUUUUAGCUCCGGUUACAAGUUAAGUGAUAGAUGGAGAAUCUUACUGCAAGUGCUGAAAAAAGGAAGCAACCAGAGGAAAGUUCAGAGACAGUUGAUACUGAAGUCAAGAACCAAGAAUUGGCAUCAAAGAAGCAACGAGUUGUGGCACGGACAUGUGUACACGAGGUAGCAGUUCCAAGUGGGUAUGCUUCCACUAAAGACGAAACAAUUCAUGGGACUUUAUCAGAUCCAGCUUAUAAUGGGAAGAUGGCUAAAACCUACCCAUUUGUUCUUGACCCGUUUCAGCAAAUAUCUGUGUCAUGUUUGGAGCGGAAAGAAUCAGUUCUUGUAUCAGCUCAUACAUCUGCUGGAAAAACUGCUGUUGCUGAGUAUGCAAUAGCUAUGGCUUUUAGAGACAAACAAAGGGUUAUCUAUACUUCUCCAUUGAAAGCUUUGAGCAAUCAGAAAUACAGAGAAUUGAGUCAGGAGUUUUCUGAUGUUGGACUGAUGACAGGUGAUGUCACAUUAUCUCCAAAUGCCAGUUGCCUAGUCAUGACGACCGAGAUUCUUAGGGGAAUGCUUUACAGAGGAUCUGAGGUUUUAAAAGAAGUUGCAUGGGUUAUAUUUGAUGAGAUUCACUAUAUGAAGGAUCGUGAACGUGGGGUAGUUUGGGAAGAAAGUAUCAUAUUUUUGCCCCCAGCUAUCAAAAUGGUUUUUCUUUCGGCAACUAUGUCAAAUGCUACUGAGUUUGCAGAAUGGAUUUGCAACAUACAUAAACAGCCAUGCCAUGUAGUCUACACUGAUUUUAGACCCACUCCUCUGCAGCAUUAUGUGUUCCCUAUAGGUGGUUCAGGGUUGUAUCUUGUAGUGGACGAGAAUGAGCAGUUCAGAGAGGACAAUUUCUUGAAGCUGCAAGACACUUUUGUCAAGCAGAAUGUUGCUGCAACUAGUAAAUCAAGUGGGAGAAUUGCUAAAGGAGGAAAUGCUUCUGGCGGAUCUGAUAUAUACAAAAUCGUCAAGAUGAUCAUGGAAAAAAAAUUUCAACCCGUUAUAAUCUUCAGCUUUAGCAGAAGAGAGUGUGAGCAACAUGCAAUGGCAAUGACCAAACUUGAUUUCAAUAGCCAGGAAGAGAAAGAUGUGGUGGAGCAAGUCUUCAAAAAUGCAAUACAAUGCCUUAGUGAGGAAGAUAGAAACCUCCCAGCAAUUGAGUUGAUGUUGCCUUUGCUACAACGAGGCAUUGCUGUUCAUCAUUCUGGCCUUCUUCCUAUUAUCAAGGAACUGGUAGAACUCUUGUUCCAAGAAGGCCUUGUGAAAGCACUUUUUGCCACAGAGACAUUUGCAAUGGGGCUGAACAUGCCUGCUAAAACAGUUGUUUUUACCAGUGUUAGAAAAUGGGAUGGUGACAGCCAUCGGUAUGUAGGAUCUGGUGAGUAUAUUCAGAUGAGUGGAAGAGCUGGACGUCGGGGCAAAGAUGAACGUGGUAUAUGUAUCAUAAUGAUUGAUGAACAGAUGGAGAUGAAUACUCUUAAGGACAUGGUCCUUGGGAAACCUGCUCCUUUAGUCAGUACUUUCAGGUUGAGCUACUACUCAAUAUUGAACUUAAUGAGACGAGCCGAGGGCCAAUUUACUGCAGAACAUGUUAUCAAAAAUUCCUUUCACCAAUUUCAGUAUGAAAAGACGUUACCUGAUAUUGGGAAAAAGGUUGCCAAGUUAGAAGAGGAAGUAACUAAGCUUGACGCAUCUGGAGAGGCGGAUGUUGCUGAAUAUCAUAAACUUAAGCUUGAAAUCUCUGAACUGGAGAAGAAGAUGAUGGCAGAAAUAACUAGGCCCGAGAGAGCUCUAUAUUUUCUUCUACCUGGUAGGCUGGUUAAGGUUCAAGAAGCUGGGACAGACUGGGGCUGGGGAGUGGUUGUGAAUGUUGUGAAAAAACCUGCCCCACCACUAGGAUCCUUACCCCCUUCUUCGCGUGGUAGUAGUUAUAUAGUUGACACUUUGCUUCAUUGUUCUAUUGGUUCGAGCGAAAGUGGUUCUCGUCCAAAGCCAUGUCCUCCACGUUCUGGGCAGAAAGGUGAAAUGCAUGUGGUUCCUGUGCAAUUGCCCUUGAUUUCAGCAUUGAGCAAGCUUAGAAUAUCAAUUCCUUCUGAUCUCCGUCCUAUUGAGGCACGACAAAAUGUGCUAUUGGCAGUAGAGGAGCUUGAAAAACGCUUUCCACAAGGCCUUCCAAGACUUAACCCCGUCAAGGACAUGGGCAUAGAAGAACCUGAGUUUGUCAACUUGGUAAAUCAGAUUGAAAAACUUGGCCAAGAAUUGCUUUCUCAUCCAUUGCACAAGUCUCAAGAUGAAAAUCAAAUCCAGUGUUUCAAGAGAAAAGCAGAAGUGAAUCAUGAAAUUCAACAGUUGAAAACAAAAAUGCGUGAUUCACAGCUUCAAAAGUUCCGAGACGAACUUAAAAACCGAUCACGGGUUUUAAAGAAACUGGGGCAUAUCGAUGCUGAAGGAAUAGUUCAAGUGAAGGGACGUGCAGCAUGUUUGAUUGACACAGGGGAUGAACUCUUAGUCACUGAAUUGAUGUUUAAUGGUACGUUCAAUGAUCUGGAUCAUCAUCAAGUUGCUGCACUGGCAAGUUGCUUUAUUCAAGGAGACAAAUCUAGUGAACAAAUACAAUUAAGAACAGAACUUGCCAAACCAUUACAACAGCUUCAAGAUAGUGCACGUAGAAUAGCAGAGAUACAACAUGAAUGCAAAUUGGAAGUCAACGUCGAUGAAUAUGUGGAGGCAGUUGUUAGACCAUACUUGAUGGAUGUAAUAUAUUGUUGGUCAAAAGGAUCAUCUUUUUCUGAAGUUAUACAAAUGACUGAUAUCUUCGAGGGGAGUAUUAUUAGACUUGCUAGAAGACUCGAUGAGUUUUUGAAUCAGCUGCGUGCUGCUGCUCAUGCUGUCGGAGAAGCAGGUUUAGAGGACAAGUUUGCUGCCGCCAGUGACAGCCUUCGUAGGGGGAUUAUGUUUGCCAAUUCUCUAUAUUUGUGAGUUACGUGUUGCAUGAUAUUCUUAGAUUUGCAGAUGCUAGUUUACAUGAUAGAGACACCGCACUAAGUGGUGUGGUGUAGGAAUUCUUCAUUCAUAGGAAAGGGUUCCCUUUUACUACAUUGGCUCUCUGUAUCUCUGUUUGGGUCGACCCAGUUCUGGUGAUGUUGUACUUGUGUAAAUUGGCAGUUUUUUUUCUCAAAAGUACGUGGAAAGAAUUGACUCAGGUUUGAAUCA